GAAACCUCUUCUGAGCUCUAAACCUGGACAGCUGAGAACACAGGCAGUGUUUUCCUUACCUUUUUGGCAGGGUAUCGCUUUCAGCUGACUCUGGCGGAGCCACUAUGACCGAAACAACAGGUUACUCAGGGAGUGGGCUUGUCCUUGUUAAAAACCCACACCUGGACUUGAUGGAGGAGGACGUCCUGUACCACUUGGACUUGGGAACGAAGACGCACAACCUGCCAGCGAUGUUUGGGGACAUAAAGUUCGUCUGCGUUGGCGGCAGCCCGAACAGGAUGAGGGCGUUUGCCCAGUUCAUGCGGCGGGAGCUGGGGCUGGCAGCUGCCGGGGAGGACGUGGCUGACAUCUGCGCGGGCUCGGACCGCUACGCCAUGUACCGGGCAGGGCCCGUGCUCUCCAUCAGCCAUGGAAUGGGCAUCCCUUCCAUUUCCAUUAUGCUUCACGAGCUGAUCAAACUGCUGCACCAUGCAAAAUGCCGGGAUGUCACUAUUAUACGCAUCGGUACUUCAGGGGGCUUAGGGAUCGAGGCUGGGUCCGUUGUGAUCACUGACACGGCCGUGGACUCCUCCUUCCAGCCACGUUUUGAGCAGGUGGUGCUGGAUGAUGUGGUGGUGCGGAGCACCGAUCUGGACAAGGACCUCGCGGAGGAACUACUCGCCUGCGGCAGGGACAUUCCCGACUUCCCCACGCUCAUUGGCCAUACCAUGUGCACCUACGACUUCUACGAAGGUCAGGGGAGAUUAGAUGGUGCAUUAUGCUCAUUUUCCAGUGAAAAAAAAUUGGAGUACUUAAGGAGGGCUUAUGAGGCUGGCGUGAGGAAUAUUGAGAUGGAGUCCACUGCAUUCGCUGCCCUGUGUGGACUGUGUGGCCUCAAAGCCGCCGUCGUGUGCGUGGCGCUCCUGGACCGGCUGCAGGGGGACCAGAUCCGGGCGUCCCACGAGGUGCUGUGGGAGUACCAGCAGCGGCCGCAGCGCCUGAUCGCCGCCUUCAUCCGCAAGCGGCUGGGACUCCUCCGCACGGACGGACGGUGACGGCAGCACCGCAGGGCCCCGCGCCGGGAGCGGGGCCACGGGCCCGGCCCGGCCACAGAGCCCGCUCCGGGAACGGGAGAGCGCCCGGCCCGCGGCCAGCGCGGCGCGGCUGGACCGCGCUGACACGGUCUGCGCUGACAGCAGGCUCAGGCUGUCCUCACUCCUGCCUCCAGCCGCCGUAAAGGACUGUCCUGUUAGGGUCACUCCUGUCCGCAGCGAUCUUCCAGGAAGGAGAUCCCUUUGCUUUGGGCAUAAAGACAAAACCUAAGUAAAUAACAUGAAAGUUAA